CAAUUGGUUGGGCAGCAAGCUGCAUUCAGCGCGCUGCGCUGUAUGGUAUGUCCGAACCGAGCUGCUUUGGUGACUAAUGCUUUCGCUUCAGUCAGCAUGCAAUUGGUUCCAAACUUGGCGCACUUUUAGUCCCGAACCGCGAGCUUAUCUUUCCCCGCGAAGCAAGUCUCGCGCUUGGCUGAUGGAGCAGGCACCACUCACCGGAUUGGAAACGCCAAUUGGUAAGCCGACCUUUGACUCUCGUUUAGCGCUUUCGCUUGGCUGCGGGCGAGAUAUGCGCAGGAUCAUACCCAAAUAUCAUCGUAUGCCACUAGGAUCCCAAAGACAUGAGGAGGCCGACUACUAAAGGCGCGCCAUCGGCCGCACAAUCAAUGGUUAUCCGACCCAAGGAUCAUCAUCAUAACACAGCACCGUCGAAAUUUACACUCAUAAACAUAUAAACACCAACCAAAUCAGCAAUUCGGUCAUCGCCGUUAUCAUCAGGCAACAAUGAACUCCACGCCAACAGACCCGCUCACGCUCCAUCGCGGCUUUCCAGCGGAUAACAAACACGUCUGGUCGCCAUUCGUCGUCAAGGUCGAGGCCCGUUUCCGCUUCGCCGACUUCAGAUAUCGCCUCGCCGCAGGCGGGCCCCUCCAAGGGCCCAAGGGCAAGAUCCCCUACGUCGAGCUCGCGGACGGCGCUACGCUUGGCGACUCGUCCCUGCUGAUCGCCGAGCUGGUGCGCCGGGGCGAGCUCCCGGACCUGAACGCGGGGCUCCGGCCCGAGCAGAGGAGUCACGACCUGGCGCUACGGGCGCUGCUGGAGGAGAAGCUUUAUUUUCUCAAUGGGUGGGAGAAGUGGACGGCAAACUACCAUGUUCAGCGUGACCACAUCUUGUGGAGCCUCCCUUGGCCUAUGCGCAACCUCGUCGGGCUGCUGGCGUACCGCGGCCAGAUGGCGACGCUCAAAGGCCAGGGUACGGGCCGGUACUCGGAGGAGGAGAUUGACGUCCUGCGCGGGGAGAUCCUGAAGACCGUCGCGGCUCUGUUGGAGGUCUCCAAGGCAAAGCUAUCAGACGGUGCCAAAGGGCCGGAUACAGUCUUUUGGGCCUUUGGCGGGGAGAAUCCCACAGAGGUAGAUGCGACGCUUUUUGGUUUCGUGGCCUCCAUUAUGGUUUGCACAUCAGGCCCGGUCGCGCGGAGCAUGGUUCGGAGUCAUCCGGUUAUUGUCGAGUACGCCAACAGGAUACACGAUAAAUACUUUCCGGAUUACGAGAAGUGGAGUAACGAGAACUAAAGCUUCCGGCCCGAUUACAUUUUUGCUGGUAACAGAUACACAUACAAAAGGGUUGCGCGAGGGGCAGGCUCGGCAGGGGCCAAGGGCAAAAGGAUUUGGCGUUUACUGGACGAGAAAAGCAUAAUGAUUGGCCUAGGCUAACGAGGCACAGAACUGCCCCUCGCACUCAUGUCACCCAAAACUCUGGAAUUGAUGGCGCCAUGUCUGUUUAGUGCAUAGUACAAUGUAUAUUACAGGUCUGGUGACUUGCCUAAGGUUGGCCUGCGAUGUUCUCGCCCAUGAUGAGUUGAGAAAUUGGAUUAAUAUACUGUGCUACACAGCCCGCAUUUGCCGACGUUACACCGUUCUGGUUGAAUGAUGUACUGUUUGUUCCACUGUCAGCUCAGCGACCCAAACGCGGGGAAAGCUCGACACUCUCGUGAACAGUGGCCAAUCGUCAACCUGUCAAUCGUAUUAG